UCGAGUUUGUGUAGUUGCCUGCUAGCUUCCGCGGUUCAUGUCUUGUGAGAUGUAGAGCUAGUAAUUUGAUCCAUAAUUUGGCAGGCGGUACCUCACGCUGAUAGCAAUGGAUGAGAUAAGCGAUGAAGCGAGGAAUGAUGAAAUUCGUAGUUUUAAGUAGCUACUCUAGGAACCCGUGCACACGGAACUCCGCAGAAGUGUCCGUCUUCAGCUUAAUAUUGGUGCAUGCAUGAUCGUUAGUGAAAUGUAGGCCUACACGACGGUGUCUGGACGGCCUACAGCUGUUUCUAGCUGAAGCUGUGGAGGCAGCGGAGACAUCUUACCUGCCAAGAUGAACAUAAUGCGCAAGCUGUUGGUGGGUCAUCAGGGCCGAGGUGCAGGUGCCUCCGAGGAUGGAGCCCAGAGCUCGCAGCAUACGGCCCUGGGCUUGAUGCACCUGCACAAGCUCUUUGCUGAGCUGUCACACCCGACUCACCCGCUCACCCAGCAAGAACAAGAGCAGCGACUCUACAAUAUGCUCCCACUUUUCUGCAAGGUGUUUGAGAACAGCCCUGCUGCGGAUAUUAUUGACAAGUUCAGCGAUGUGCUAGCAUUCUCCAAGCUAGUUUCCAAGCUCAUGGUCUCUGAGAUUCGGAGGCGGGCUUCAAAUCAAAGUACAGAGAGUGCGAGCAGUGCCAUUGCGCAAUUCCUGGAAAUUGAGAGCACAGAGGAGCAGAGCCGUGGUUGGAUGCUGCUGGCCACCAUGAACCUGUUGGCCAGCGGCGGGGCCCCACUGGUGGAGGUGAUGACCUCGAGCGCAUUGCCUUCUACGUUGGUCAAGUGCCUCUACCUGUUCUUCGACCUGCCACAACUGCGUGACCCUGACCGCUUGGAGCCCCAUUGCGAGUUCACACCCCGCGAGCGCCGGAUCCUGCUCCAAAAAGUGUUCGUUCAGGUCUUAGUGCGGCUAUGCAGCCACUCCGCCCCUGCAGAGGAGUUGGCACGGAAGGACGACCUGACACUGCUUUUCAGUGCCAUUACCACCUGGUGUCCACCGUACAACAAUGUGUGGCGCAAGAGUGCCUCCGAAGUGCUCAUGACACUGUCUCGACAUGGUCUCACCGCUCCUGUUGUCAAUUACAUCCAUAGCAAAGGUUGUGUGGCACUCUGUGUAGAAAAUGUGCAGAGAGUGCAAGAACUUUCCCCAUUAGAAGUUGUAGAAAUGUUCGUCACCAUUUUCUGCUUCCUGAAGGACUCAAGUGAGGUUUCGCAGCUGUUGCUUGAUGACUUCCGAUCUUGCCAAGGAUAUGUGUUCCUUUCGGAAUUUCUCCUAAGACUGGAGCAAAAUAGCUCUCAGGAAGCUUGUGAAGCACUGAGAAACCUUGCUGUACUAAUGACAUCGCUCACCACUUGUGGCUACUAUGAGCUGAAGCCUAGCCAAGCCAGCACAGGUUCACUUUUCCAAAUCCCUGGAUUUACGUUACCACAGCCAUCUGGCAAAGGGACAAGCGUGAGAAAUAUUCAAGCAUUCCAAGUGCUUCAGACUGUUUUUCCCAAAGCCCAGACAGUGCAUUUGUCAUCCCUGCUUCUUGAUGCCAUCAGUACCAUCUACCAUUCAGACAAAGCGAAUUAUUUCAUUCUCGAGUCCAGCCAUCCCUUGUCACACUUUUCAGAGAAGAUCCAUCUUAAAACUUCAGAAAUUCAGGAAAAGUUCUUUAAGCUUCUGGAGUUCAUUGUCAUGGAUCUAAAAUUUGUUCCAUGCAAAGAACUAAUCAGCCUUAGCAUCCUUCUGAAAACCAACAGCUCGGUGUCCUGUUCCAUCAUAUGCCUGCACACGCUUGCAAACAUCCUGCAAUUUAAUGCUGUAUUCAAGGACGUUUAUCGUGAAGUGGGGCUGCUAGAAGUGCUGGUCACGUGCCUGCAUCGCUAUGCAACUGUGCUCAAGGAGGCUUUUCCCGACGGUGCCGCAGAACCUGUUGCAAAGGUUCCUAUUCCUGAUGAACAGCAGCAAAUGGGCUCACUUGUUAUGGAAACUCUCACUGUUCUUUUGAACGGCAAUUCAAACAAUGCAAGCGUGUUCCGAGAAUGUGGGGGUGCCCGGUGUGCGCACAACCUGGUGCCAUACCGUUUGUGCCGACAGCAAGCGCUGGCUGUGGUGCAACAGCUGGUAUUGAGCAAUGGUGGGGACGAUGACAUGGGCACCUUGCUGGGGCUCAUGCACACGGCACCACCUCUGGCGCUUGACCUCAAGAACCACAUCCUCAAGUCACUCCUCUUUGUGCUUCGGGAGAGCCACCGAACUCGAACUGUCUUUCGGAAAGUGGGUGGCUUUGUCUACGUUAUGUCGGUCCUUGUUUCUAUGGAAGGAUGCCUGGCUGAUCCUCCAAGGGAGCCAUGGAAUACAGUUGAGAAAAAGCAGAUAAUUUCUCUUCUGCGGACAGUUUUUAGCACCAUGACGGUUGCCAUGCGGUAUGAACCAGCGAAUGCCAAGUUCUUUUCCACAGAGAUCUGUCAAACAAGCCUUGCAGACACUGUGAGACUGCUUGGAUGUUUUACAAACAACACGGACAUUUGUCCUGUUGACACUAGCUUCGUGCCAAUGGAAGAAAACCUAUUUCAUGCUGUGUUUACUGGCCAAAAUGAUUCCAGUCUUGACCUGACCAAGGUACCAACAUCCCUCAUCUCGGCCUUGGUGGUUAUCCGGUUGUUGUAUGACAUGGCACUUGACUCGUUUGACAAGCCCAUGGCCUUGACCAAGCUGGUGACCUGCCCCCCUACCCAGCAUUGCACGGUCGAGGUUCCCAAGAAGGCUUCUGAAACCACGGGCAAGGGUAGCCCUCAGGCCAAGAAGCCUGUGCUGGCCACACUCAACCUUUCGGCACCGAGCCCAGACCCACUUAUUGUGCACCCAGGAGUGGUCGUGGCCAUGUUACACCUUGUCCCUUCUAUCGCCGAUGGCCACGACUCUCAGUGGUUGCAGAUAGAGCUGACACUGCAGCUGUACCUGGCAGAGGUGCUGCGGUCGCUGGUACGUUCGGAGCGCAACCAACAGGUGAUGUGUGAGGCUGGCCUGCCUGGGGAGCUGCUGCAGCGCUGUCGGCCCGCCCUGGAGGAUGAGCAGCACCCGCUGUACUUACCCUUGCAGUACAUGCUCGAGCGCCUUGCCGCACAGGCGCUUGAGCCCAGGGACCUCCGCUCAUUUCUGCGGCUCAGCUCUCCAUUAUGCUGCAAUGCAUUUGAUGUGGGCAGUGAGUACAAGCGGCGGACGGGAGGUAGCGUCUGCUUGGCACGAGCCCAGUCGACCCGGCUGACCAACCAGAAGGAUGGGGGUCCAGUGCCCUUGACACGUAUCAAGACUCUUGUCUCUAUGACCACGCCUCGGGACUGCCGCCUGCAUGGCACGCUGCUCACGCCCCCCUUUGUGGAGUUUGAGAUGGCCCCUGAGGGCUUCAGCUGCCUCUACCUGAGCAGUGUGGCCCCACAGAGCGCCUCAGGUGGCCCACCCAUGGUGGGUGUCUCCAUGGUGGGCGGCGCACCCGAGGGCGUCAUUGGAGGCAUUGGCACAGGGGACCGAAUGUUUCCACCGCAACCAGGGCUUUCAUUCGCCACAUGGCUGAGCGUGGAGCGUUUCAGUGACCCCCAUGUGGAUCCCCAUGCGGUGCGGCUGCUGACACUGGUGCGCAACUUGCAUGGACGUGAUGACCAUCUUGUAUGCCUGGUGAUCCAACUGUCAUCCCGAGACAAGGCAUUGCUUGUUUCUACUCAAGAGAUUCCUUUGCCCAACCUCACUGGUGCUGACUGGGAGCCCGAAGUAAAGGAGGAAGGUUGCAUCCGGUUCUGGAGCCCUGAACUGCUGCAGGAAGGCCAGUGGCACCACGUGGUCAUUGUGCUCAACAGAGCUGUGCUCAAGAACAGCUCCGUCUCCAUCUACAUUGACGGCCAGCACAUGUCCACUCAGAAGAUACCAUACAUCUCUCAAAACCCUGGUGGUGGUGCUGCAAACCUGACGGUGGCCUCUUCGGUGUACGGCUUCAUUGGGACUCCCCCACAGUUCCGUCAUCCAUCACGUCUCAUCUGGAAGCAGGGCCCCUGCCACAUGGUGGAGGAAGUGCUUUCACCCCAGCUAAUUCACCAGGUCUACCUUUUGGGACCCAGCUAUGUGGGCAGCUUGCAGGCCCCUGUUAUGAUUGGCACAGAACCUCUGCCUCCUCUUCUUAGUGAAGAGAAGGUUGUGUUCGGUUUGAAUGCAACUGCAGUGUCCGUCAUGACUUUAGCCAAGAUUAGAAGAGUGUACAGUAAGACUGACUGCAAGUCAAUUGCUAAGAUGCUGGGCAUGUCAUCGCACGAGAAUGCAACGCCAAUCCGCAUUUUGCAUAAUUCAGCAGCCCACUUGAGUGGACCAGCACGAUGUUUGGGUGGCGUUCUCAUUGGUUACCUUGGGGCACGGACCUUCAUCCCUCGACCAGUGGCUCUGACCAUUGAGAACAUUGGCGGCGUGUCUGUCCUGUUGGGACUGGUGGCGAUGGCCCAGGAUGUCGAAGGGCUUUAUGCCACUGUCAAGGCCCUGGUGUGUGUUGUGCGUAGCAACAGAGCAGCCCAGCAGGAGAUGGACCGCAUCAGGGGCUAUCAGACCCUGGCCAUGCUACUGAAGAAGAAGAGUGCUCUCCUGAACAGCCACAUUCUCCAUCUUGCUUUCUCAUUGGUUGGCACGGUAGACAGCGGUCGAGAAACUACAGUCAUUCCCAAUAUGACUGCCUUUGAAGAUCUCCUGUGCACUCUUGAGGUAUGGCGUGAUGCACCAGGGGAUCUACACAAGUCUCUCUAUGAGCACUUCUAUGAGCUUAUUACGGAGUCCAGUGAGCAGAAGGCCAACCUGCGAAUCCUGCGGGACCUGGAGAUGGUGACUAGGGUGCUCAUGAUGCUGCGGGACCCUUAUCUCACCCCAUCUACUAUCCGGCUUCUUUGUAAUCUCCUCAAGACACUCCUUCAAAACACCAACAGAAGUGGCGACAUUUUGAGGUUUGGUCAAUUCAUGGUUUCAACACUUCCAAACUCUAUGGUUUCUGAGAAGCCACUUAAUUUGAAAAGGGAUGUGGAGACCUCAGAAAAUGCAGCUCAAAUGGAUGACACUUCACUCCUGAUACAUCAUGUGUGCCUAAGAAACCGCUGCCUACACAUCUUGCACCUGAUGACUUAUCAGGGCUCAAAAAAUGUUAAUGUCCCGUUCUGCGAGGAGGUAGCCCGAGUUCUGGGCAUGGACUGGCUAAUGUUGUUCAUGCAGAGCCAUUUGCAUCCAACCACAGUGGUGCUAGCCUUGCAGUGCCUCACUGUGUUCCUCAGCUGUCCAAGCUUAAUGCAGCGUUAUCGUGAGGCGUCCCACAAUGGCGGCUGGCUUACUGAGACUGACCUUGUGCUCCAGAAUAGGACGACGGUUCUCCUGGGCUUUAACGUGUCAACAGCCAACAACAAAGGCAAUGUAAGCCAGUCAAUCAGGGUGGAGGCUUACCAAAUUCCAGGCUUCCAGCAACUCCAAUGGCUCAUGUGCCAGCAUGUCACAGUGCCGGAUAUCAACUUCCUGCUUCUUGCCAUGCUGAUGGGGCGCCCCGUCAGUCGCAUUCCAUGUGGGCUGCAGUUUUCACUGGACAACAUUUGGACCUUCUUGUUUGGUGUGCCACCUGGUCAUUCUGUCAUGGCACAAGGGGACAUCAACUUUGAGCUUGUUGUCGUCCUGUUGGCCAUGGUGCGAUGCAUUCUCAGUCAGCCACGAGCAGAGAAUGCAAUGGGUGUGGAUGAACACCCUGUGACACUCAUCCAGUUUCUCAUAUACCUCUACAAUAACCGACAAGAUUUUAUGAACAUGUGCAUGAGCUCAGACAUUCUGUGUGCCUUGUCAGCCACGCUGUUUCCAUUUGCAAAUGGCAUGAGCGAAGUCGCAUCUCCAGCCGACGAUUUUCAGAUAAUCUCAAAUCCCAAAAGCUCAGAGUCUAAUGCAGGUUUGUCAAAGCACGCAGCACGGAAAUACGUCAUGGACUUUCUCAGGGUCAUUGUGGUAGACAGCCUUUCACUUGCUUUCCCAACAAAACAAGCACCUGUCAUUGACCUCGUUUUGGAAGCCUUUCCAAGCCAUGCAACUCUGAACCAGCAAAGAGAAUAUGUGACAGAAAUCCUUUCAUCGCUCAGAGAGCACUUAUUGGCUGCCGAUGUGUUACUGGAUGACCAGACUGCCUUACCGAUAACAGCCGGUGGCAAAUACACAAACAUUCCUCCAAAUAUUUUCUACCUGACGUCCUGCUUUGUUGACAAGCUCUGGCAAGGUGUAUAUACCAGAGACCCCCAUGAAAUCUUGGAUUUUAUCAUUAAGCUUCUUGGCCAAGUCAAACGAAAAGGCAUGCAUGUGCAGACAGAGAAUGUCUAUAGGAGCCUGAACAGAACCUUGUUGUUUAUUCUUUCAAGGCCUACAGAAUGUGUUGCAGAUCAAAUGACAAAGCUUGAGUGCCUCCAGAAGAUGAUUAUACACAGAACACUCAUGCUAGUCGCAGCAAACUCCGAAGCUGAAUUUAUUCCCUGCCUGUGUUAUUGUCUUCUACAGCUGACAGCUGAUGCUCAGAUCAGUAUGGAGACUGUGCGUCGGACCACCUGGCACAUCAAUCCUGCUUCCUUUUCGGACCGCACUAGAAAUGCUGCUGAUAAUAAAAGCUUGAGCUCUUCUGAAGAAGGACACCUGUUGGUUGCAUCAGCAGCCUGCAAAGUUUGGGAGAUAGUCUAUCUCUCUAAGAGGCAGGCCUUGGAAGAGUUAUGCAAAGUGCCACUGCCUGCAGCUGAGGGCAGCUCGGGGGGCCAGAUACCCGACCUGCAGAGCCUGUGGGAAGUUCUGCAUGAGCCGCUCUGCCGCGCCUGGACCAAUUUCCUGGAUCUUGAGCGUAAGAGUGGCUACACGCGGGAAGUCAUGCAGACGCAGAUGCAGACUGUCAGUCAGAAACUUCAAAAAGUGACUGGUGGACUCUCGAGGCUCGCAAGCCGAAAGAUCAAGAGGGAGCAGGCUCCUAAGGUGACUCUUAGCACCAUGACAAGCCAGGAGGUGGAAAUGUGGACGCAAAUUCAUGUUUCCAUUGUACAAGAGCUCGUCGACAUGCAGUUAAAGCGACAUCAGCAGAGUCAGCAGCAUCUUCUGAAGGAUGUCUUUGAGGACUGGCUGCAGACUGAGUCAGAGCUGACUCAGGAGCGGGGUCUGUGGGGCCCAGUCGAGGGAUCUCCUUUAGACAAGUGGAUGCUUGACAUGACCGAAGCUGGCCCAUGUCGUAUGCGCAAGAAGAUGGUGAAGAAUGACCUGUUCUAUCUGCACUACCCAUAUCGGCCUGAUGUGGAAGGAGGGGAGAAUCGUGCCUUGAAGUACAAGGUUGCCACGAGCUUCGAUAGCAAGGAAUAUUACAAGCAUUGCCGGCCAGACAGCCUUGUGGAGCAUGACACUUUCUCCCCAGAUGUCAUUUCUAUCACCUCUGAUGACUGGCCUCAGGAAGGGGACAGCACUGAGGAGCGAGAAAUUGGUUUUCAAGGUCUGCGCACUAGACUGCAAGUAAAUCGCAGCGUCAGUGGUGAGCAGGAUGAGGACAGUGAAAGCCUGGACCCUGCGUUGGACGCUUCAGAGCAGGAGGGUGCUGCUCGUAAGGAUGAAUCACCAGACAACCAGAGCGUGCUUCGCCUCCUAGAAAAAGGCGAAAAGAUCACUCACAUGUUCCGGUGUGCACGGGUGCAAGGCCUUGACACAUGUGAAGGCCUAUUGCUGUUUGGGAAAGAGCACUUUUAUGUUGUAGAUGGUUUCACAUUGCUGAAGACCAGGGAAAUUCGAGACAUUGACUCACUGCCAGCCAACAUGCAUGACCCAAUUAUUCCAAACUCUUCCCCAAGGAGCAAGCACCAGAAGAGAAUGUGCAGUAAAUUUUCGUAUGAUGACAUACGUGAAGUGCACAAGCGACGCUACCUUCUGCAGCCAAUAGCCCUGGAAGUUUUCUCAGCCGAUGGGCGGAACUACCUGCUGGUGUUUCCACGCAAAGUCCGCAACAAGGUCUACACUCGUUUUUUGUCAGCAGCCACUGCAAUAACCGACAGCGCCCAGGAAUCCUUGGCAGGGCAGCGCAGAGGUGCCAACGUAGAGUCAGGGGCAAGUUUGCUAAGCAACCUCAUAGGAGAGACAUCGGUAACACAGCGAUGGCUGAGGGGCGAGAUCAGCAAUUUCCAGUACCUGAUGCAUUUGAACACAUUGGCAGGCAGGUCAUACAAUGACCUAAUGCAAUACCCAGUCUUCCCUUGGGUUCUUGCUGAUUAUGACUCAGAAGAACUAGAUCUGAAUGAUUCAUCAACUUUCCGCGACUUCAGCAAACCGAUGGGUGCUCAGACAUGUGAUCGUCUCGAACAGUUCAAAAAGCGUUACCGAGAAUGGGAUGACCCUCACGGAGAGACACCUCCCUAUCAUUAUGGUACAUUUUAUUCAUCCGCAAUGAUCGUGGCCUCCUAUCUGGUUCGAAUGGAGCCUUUCACGCAGCACUUUCUGAGACUACAGGGGGGCCACUUUGACCUGGCAGACCGCAUGUUUCACAGCGUGAAAGAUGCCUGGCUUUCUGCCUCAAAGCACAACAUGGCUGAUGUCAAGGAACUCAUUCCCGAGUUCUUCUAUUUGCCCGAGUUUCUUUUGAACAGCAAUCGGUUUGACCUGGGCUGCAAGCAGAACGGCGUUCAACUCGACAACAUAGUGCUUCCACCUUGGGCAAAGGGAGACCCUCGGGAAUUCAUUCGAGUGCACCGAAUGGCCCUGGAGAGCGAUUUUGUGAGUGCCCACUUGCACGAGUGGAUUGACCUCAUCUUUGGCUACAAGCAGCAGGGCCAGCCAGCCGUGGAGGCUGUCAAUGUCUUCCACCACCUGUUCUAUGAGGGCAAUGUUGACAUUUACAGCAUUGAUGACCCACUGAAGAAGAAUGCCACCAUUGGCUUCAUCAACAACUUUGGCCAGAUUCCUAAGCAGCUUUUCAAGAAGCCCCAUCCAUGCAAAAAGCUGACCAACAGAACCAGCGUGGUGGACCCAGGACCCAUAAUGCCUGGCUUGAGCUACUGCCAUGACAAAUUGUUUUUCCAUAACCUGGACAACCUCAAACCGUCUCUACAUCCACUCAAAGAGCUAAAAGGCCCUGUUGGUCAGAUAAUACAACAUGAGAAGACGGUGCUGGCUGUGGAACAGAACAAGGGACUCAUUGGGCCCCUCUACAACCGCUACGUUGCCUGGGGAUUUGCUGACUACAGCAUUCGUAUGGGCCCCUAUGAAAACGAGCGCUGCAACUUUGUCUGGGAAGACGUGCCAUCUGGAGAGAUUCUUUGUUGUGCUUGCCCAGACAGUAAGAUUAUCAUCACAGCAGGUACAAGUUCGGUGGUGACUGUGUGGCAGUUCGACAAGAAGAAAUUGACAUUGAAGCAGAACCUUCACGGCCACACAGAGGCAGUCACUUGCCUAUCAGCAUCACGACCAUACAACUUGAUUGUCAGUGGCUCUCGGGACUACACAUGUAUAUUGUGGGACCUGAGUCGCCUCGUCUUCGUGCGCCAGCUGCGAGGCCACACAGCUCCAAUUGCUGCUGUCGCCAUCAACGACCUUACGGGAGACUUGGCAACAUGUGCUGGCACACACAUUAGCUUGUGGACCAUCAACGGGCAAGAGGUGGCCAGUGUGAACACUGCCACUGGUCGCAGCGACCGCUUGCAACAGAUACUUUGUGUCUGCUUCUCACAGCUAAAUGAAUGGGACAACCAGAAUGUCAUCAUGACAGGUUCCAGUGAUGGUGUUGUCAGGAUGUGGUCUGCCGACUACGUGCAAAUCCCCAUAGAGGGCAAAAAGCAAGCCCAAAGCAGCACAACUGUAACACCAGCUGUUGUUGAAGAGCCCAGUGUAGCCACAACACCCGAGAAGUCUUCCUCCCCUCCACCAACACAGCCAGCCCCACAGCAGGAAACAAUGGCCGAGAGGAUAGUUCGCAAGCUCAGUGCAGUUGACACAGAUGAUGUGGACAGCUUUCGAACUCAGCACACUUCUGCUGCUGUGCUCAUCAAGUGUGGCUCAGACAGCUCACUCUCAGAGGAUGAUGACUCUGUCAAGAGCUAUGGCCGAGGAGCUACCUCCCCACUCUCUGGUAGCAGUGGUGAGAGUGGGUGGAGGCGCUCCUCCCAGGAUCGCCGGCCUUCCUUACUGCAGCAUUCCAAGACUGUGGUGGGCCUUCUCAGCACCCAGCAGCAGUCUAAGGCAGCUGCUGAAGCUGAGACUCAGGUAACCAAGUCAACUUUGACCAUUCCUGAGGAUACAAGAAGCACCGGUGGAUGCACAGCUGAAGAUUCCAAAGGGGCAGCACUUCGCAUCAGCAAGUCGGAGAACUCACUGACUGAUACCUUUGUGAUGAUUAAUGAGACGGAUACACUUGAUGCAAACAAGAGCAUUGACGUCCGCAAGCUUAGACGAAGAAGGAACAUACUGAGAGAAGGUUUCAAGUGGUCAUGCCAACUUGUGUUUAGAAGUAAACUGACCAUGCACACUGCAUUUGACAGAAAGGACAACAAUGAGCCCGCAGCCGUCACUGCUUUGGCUGUGUCUAAGGAUCACAAGACGGUGUAUGUGGGUGAUGCAAGGGGGCGAGUGUUCACCUGGAGCGUGACUGAGCAUCCCGGCCGAGCCAUGGCUGAUCACUGGGUGCGAGACGAAGGUGGGGACAGCUGCCUGUCCUGCGGGGUGCGGUUCUCCUUUGCCGAGAGGCGCCACCACUGCCGCAACUGUGGCCAGCUCUUUUGCUCCAGGUGCAGUCGCUUUGAAUCUGAGAUCAGCCGCCUGAGGAUACUCAAGCCAGUGCGCGUCUGCCAAACCUGCUUCAACUCAUUGAAGCCCCCUGGGGAAACCUAGGGGCAGGACGCAGCCUUUUCUAGUCAGACAUAUCCCUGGACAUUCCAUAGCUGCUGUAAAGACUCUGUGGGCUCCUGUUCCCCCCCCCCCCCCCCCCCCCCCCCCCAAUGAUGUGCUGUAUAUAGCGUGCAUGUAAAUAUUGUCCUGUGCCGAGUGGUUUUUAAGUGUGUACAUUAGUGGCGGGUCCACCCCACUGUGCCGCCAUGUAGCCACGCUUCACAGGUGUCUAAAUGAAGAAAAAGAAAAAAAUAGCACCAGUCAGAUGACCAUAGUUGCUAGGCUUCUUGUCACUACCAUGUGUUAUAGCAGGUUGUGUACCACCAAAGUAUAUAUUAUAUAUAAAUAUAUAUAAAAUCCCAGAGUACUCUAUGAGCUGAGCAAUACAUUUAACUGCUAUUUCUUGACCUUUAGAUGCCCAGGUUGUAUUUUAUUAGUUGGCAGGCUGAUGUGCAUGGCUGUCCUUGUGCUAUGUUCUGAAAUAGUGCCUACUCUCUCUGCUAGUGCUUCUUGAGUGUUGUCUGCAAUGUUUUCACUGCUAAGCAUUGCAAUGGAAUGCACUCUGAAGCAUUGAAGUAAAGAAGCAGUUACGAAAUGUUGCAGGGUCACAACUGUGUUUGUUAAAAGAUUGUUGGUGGGCAAUUAAUCCCACAUCAUCAAGGAUGCAGCUUGUGCAAACUGUGAAAUUGAGGGCAAGCACUGUUUCAGUAUAUGUCGUGGUCCUGCACACAUGCCAUUCAUAUGUCGCUUGGCAACCAGUGCACGGAAUGGGUGUCAAUUACCAGCAUGUCGGCCUCUGAGACGCUUUUUUUUAACUGACUGUCGUCAACUGUUAGUCAUGAUACAACCCAUAGCACACAAGAGUUGUUUUUAUUAAUCUUGUUCUUUAAUUGAAAGGAAGGAGUGCAUGGCAUGACAGGUCAACCCUGUGAUUCAGUUCUUACGUAUGUGCCUGUAGGCUGUGGAUGGGCAAGUUGAUUGUUAUUAAAGUGCAGCUAUGUUUUAAGA